AUGGAUCGAGGAGAGCUGGUUGUCACAAGGGAGGACAAGAGCAUUUGUGUUGUAAUCCCUGUGUUCAAGGAUAGUGCGAAGCCAAUUAACGGUGUUACUCCAGUGUUCAAGGACAAUUCCAAGCCAGUCGUCACUCCUCUUGUGAUUUGUGUACCAAGACCCAAGCCGUUUUUCUCUCAAAACGCCAUGCCGUAUAACUAUGAACCUACAAGCAUAGAGAAUGGUAAAGAGAUAUCCUUGAGUCCCUCAACUUCCGUGAGUAACAUUGCGGAGAAUAGUCAAAUUCUGAGAAGUGGACGUAUUCUUCCGGCUGUUGUGCAAGCAAAGAAGAAAGCUCCGGUGAUAGAGUCCGUGCUAGUACCGGAUCCUAGCAAGGGUAAGAGUGUGGUUCAACCUAGUGGAACUGAUAAUGAUGAGAUUUUAAAGCUGAUCAAGAAAAGUGAUUAUAAGAUAGUGGAUCAGUUAUUGCAGACUCCAUCAAAGAUUUCUAUCAUGUCACUAUUGACAAGCUCUGAUGCUCAUAGGGAUGCCUUGAUGAAAGUUUUGAAUCAAGCCUACGUAGACCAUGAUGUGACUUUGGGUCAAUUUGGGAGCAUUGUUGGAAAUGUGACGGCAUGCAACAAUCUGAGUUUCAGUGAUGAAGACCUCCCAGUGGAGGGGAAAAAUCAUAAUAUGGCCUUGCAUAUCUCUGUUAUGUGCAAAACAGAUUCUUUGUCCAAUGUCUUGAUAGACACCGGUUCUUCCCUCAAUGUGAUGGCGAAGACAACCUUUGAUAAAUUGACAUAUUCAGAUGGAUUUAUUAGGCCUAGUUGCGUAUCAGUAAGGGCAUUUGAUGGAUCCAUGAAGACGGUAUGGGGAGAAGUAGAUUUACCUAUCACUAUUGGGCCCCAAGAGUUUAAAGUUACAUUCCAGAUAAUGGAUAUUCAAGCUUCCUACAGCUGUUUACUUGGUAGACCAUGGAUUCAUGAAGCCGGGGCAGUAACAUCCACCCUUCAUCAAAAGCUAAAGUUUGUGAGUCGUGGAAAGCUUGUUACAGUGAGUGGGGAAUCAGCUCUUUUGGUUAGCCAUUUGUUGUCUUUUUCCUUCAUUGGUGGUGAAAGUUCGGAUGGAACAUCAUUCCAGGGGCUUUCGGUUGAAAGUGGUACUACAAGAGGUGAAACAUGCAUGGCCUCUCUAAAGGAUGCUCAGAGAGUAAUUCAAGAAGGAAAAGCGGAAGGUUGGGGGAAGUUAGUACAGUUGCCCGAGAACAAGCACAAAAAAGGUCUGGGUUUCUCCGGCAAUAAGCAAAUGAUGUUCGACCCAACUAGGGGUACCUUUCACAGUGCUGGAUUCAUUAAUGCGCCACCUGAGACUAAUGCAAUCUUGGAAGAUCAAUCAGAAGAGGUGGCACCUGACUUUGUGACUCCUGGUGGAAACUGCUGCAAUUGGAUUGCUGUUGACAUCCCUUCUGCGAUACCUCUUUCUAAACUAAACAUACAUGAGCCCGUUGAACAUGGUGACCCUAAGCUGCCUCCCAACUUUGAGUUCCCAGUUUACGAGGCUUGGGUAGAAGAGGAUGAAGAGAUUCCCGAUGAGCUCCGAUGGAUGUUAGAGCAAGAAAGAAAAGCCAUUCAGCCUCACAAGGAAGAAAUAGAGUUAAUCAACCUGGGCACUGAGGAUGAUAAAAAAGAAAUUAAGAUUGGAGCAUCGUUGGAGGCGUCUGUCAAGAAAAAGAUAAUUGAGCUUCUCAGAGAGUAUGAUGAUAUAUUUGCAUGGUCCUACAAAGACAUGCCGGGGUUAGACCAUGAUGUUGUGGAACACCGUUUACCUUUGAAGCCCGAGUGUCCUCCAGUCAAGCAAAAGUUAAGAAGAUCUCAUCCAGAUAUGGCUCUCAAGAUCAAAGAGGAAGUGCGAAAGCAAAUUGACGCAGGUUUCUUGAUUACCUCCGAAUAUCCUCAAUGGUUGGCCAACAUAGUGCCCGUUCCAAAGAAAGAUGGUAAGGUCAGAAUGUGUGUUGACUAUCGGGAUUUGAAGAAAGCUAGUCCGAAAGAUGAUUUCCCUUUACCUCACAUUGAUGUAUUGGUUGAUAGUACUGCUAGAUGCAAGGUAUUCUCCUUCAUGGAUGGAUUCUCCGGGUAUAACCAGAUCAAGAUGGCUCUAGAAGAUAGAGAAAAGACGUCGUUCAUCACGCCUUGGGGCGCUUUCUGCUACUUAUUAAUGCCGUUUGGGUUGAUAAAUGUUGGUGCCACUUACCAGAGAGACAUGACUAAAAUAUUCCAUGAUAUGAUACAUAAAGAGAUUGAAGUGUAUGUGGAUGACAUGAUCGUCAAAUCAGGCACUGAAGAAGAACAUGUUGAAUCCGGCAAGCUCUUGGGUUUUAUUGUCAGCCAGAAGGGUAUUGAAGUAGAUCCCGACAAAGUCAGAGCUAUCAGGUAA